AUGGAGCCGAUUGAUGAAGCUCUUGAAUUCCUGAAAUCUGCAGACAAAAUUAAUUAUGCUAAGACAGCACGACGUUUCGAUUGCGAUGAGACUACGCUGCGGCGCCGGAAUCAAGGCAAACAGAGGUCAAGACGGGAUGCUGACAGAUUGUAUAAGUCAUGUCUAUCAAAACAACAAGAACGAGAUCUUAUUGCCUAUAUUCACAAGCUUUCAUCGCGUGGCAUCCCCCCCACGCUAUCAAUGGUAAAGAACUUUGCGCAGGAUAUCGCGAAAAUUAAGGUCGGAAAGGACUGGCCGUACAGCUUCGUUCGACGCAAUCGUAAUGAGCUUGGUUGCAUCUGGUUCGACGGGCUAGACGCCGCGCGAAAGAGAGCCGAUAAUGCUUCUAGGUAUAAGGAUUAUUUUGAGCUUAUCCGCACGAAAAUCGAGAAAUACAACAUUCUGCCUUGCAACACAUAUAACGUGGACGAAAAGGGGUUUCUCUUGGGCGUGAUUAAUAGGACAAAGAGAGUAUUUUCCCUAAGUGUCAAAAAGCAGGGUAAAUUACUCGGCGCAUCCCAAGAUGGCAAUCGAUCCUGGAUUACCUUCCUGGCAUGCGUCUGCCAGGAUAUGACAUCGCUGCCGCCAUUUCUCAUCUACCAAGGCAAGCCAGGGCAAGUCCAAGAUUCUUGGCUUGCAGAAUUUGACCCAGAGCAUCAAUCGGCUUUCUUUACAACCUCGGAGACGGGGUGGACAAAUCACGAACUUGGGAAAGAGUGGCCGAUAGGCGUUUUCGACCGCUUUACCAAGGCGAAAGCCCGCAACGGUCGUGAUUAUCGUCUCCUUAUUACCGAUGGCCACUCCAGCCAUGUUAAUAUGGACUUUCUAGAGUGGUGUGACCAACACAGGAUUAUUAUUGCGGUGUUCCCUCCCCAUUCCACACAUCGGUUGCAGCCCUUGGAUGUGUCGCUGUUCAGCCCUCUGUCAACCGCAUACUCAAAUCAGCUUAUCCAGUGGACGGCAAAAACACAAGGCCUUAUUAAUCUAUCAAAGCGCGAGUUCUGGACUUUGUUUUGGAGCGCAUUUGAAACUUCCUUCUCUGCCGAGAACAUUGCGAGUGGGUGGAAACGCACUGGUCUCUUGCCAUUUGACCCAGAAGUCAUUUUAUCCCAGAUCACCGACAAAGAAGAAGACAAUUCAGAUACAGGUGGAGACUCUGCAGAGUCAUUGGCCCUCCAACAACCUACUGCUCGAGAUUUACGCCGACUUGUAGACAAAGUUGUUGAUACGUCCGCUGCAGAUAGGGGCCGCCAGAGACCCAAUCAACUAAAUCAACUACACGGCAUCUGUCAAUUUAGAGUAAGUGUAGAUUAG